AUGUGUAGAUUGAUAGUUAAUAAUCUCCAAUCUGCUCUAGAGGAUAGUCAGAAGUCGCGACCAGUGACUGCUGAAACCUGCGUGGGUUCGAAUUCUGAUCCCGUUAUUUCGUCGGGGAAUAUAAUUAUCGAUGAUUCUGAGGAUGGUGAUGGGAAAAAGGGAAAAGGCAAAAACGGAGCGACUAAAGAGGACGCGAAGACUAUUGCCCUUCCGGAGGAUGAGCUCGCGAGGCUCGUCUCUAUUAUACAGCGACUGAGUGCACGUUUGACUGCCACACGAUUGGAGUUGGGCGAGCUGAAACGCCGCGGUUUUGCAGAAGCAGCAUCGACUCAGCGAAAAAACG